AUGCGCCUGGAAUAUGCCAUCACGCACAGCUUUUUACAAAUUAUUGCAGUGCAACUGAGUUAUGAUGGUCUUUUAUCAGAGGCAUGGAUUGAAUCAAAAGAGAAUGACGUAGUGUCUAACAAAAUUGGAAAAUCGAAUAUGUUAGCUAAUAAGCAAAGUAUUGGCGGUGAGGAUUAUUCCGAUGAAAGGAAAAUUGCAAAUGCUCACACACGUCUCUUGGAUCAAAUUAAGACAGCUGCACGACCUUUCCAACGACCUGUAUUGAAUUUUCACACUCCCACCGAAAUUCAUGUCCGAGCUGCACUAUACCAAAUUUUCGACUUAGAUCAUCGAAACAACAUAGCGACAAUAUCUGGCUAUUUCCAUGUAUGGUGGAUUGAUUCCUCAUUAAGGUGGAAUGUUAGUGAAUUCGAUAAUAUAACAAGAACAUUUAUACCAUCCAAAUGGUUCUGGAAACCUGAGUUGUAUUUAUAUCACAGCAUACAUGGUAAAGUUGUGGAUUAUGCACCUGAUGCAGUGGCCGAAAUUAACGCCAAUGGUCGUUUGCGCGUUUUUAUUCCCAUUACUGCGCGUGUCCUGUGCCCCAUAAAUGUCAAAUAUUUCCCUUUCGAUGUACAGAAUUGCACAUUUGCGUGUGGUUCAUGGUCAUAUCAAUAUGAAUAUGUAAGUUUGAUUGUUGAUCAACGAGAAGUAUUGCUCGACGAUUUUUACGACAGUCAAGAGUGGCUACUAGAAAAUGCUACUAUACACAAUGGCACAGUGAAAUAUCUCGAGCACGAAUCUUUUUCAACUAUUUAUAUGAUUUUGAUUCUUCGGAGACAGUCGUUUUAUUACGUUUUUAAUUUUGUUUUUCCAAUCACUUUGGUAAGUCUUGUAGCGGUCAUUGGUUUCCACACUCCGUUAAAUGCAACUCGUCGACACGAAAGUAAAUUUCGUUUGGGAAUCAUAACGUUGCUAAGUAUGUCUGUCAUGCUUUUGAUGUUAGCUGAUGAAAUGAAAUUUGCGCCGGAAUCAAUUCCUGGACAAAGAGGCUCAUUUUGUGAUGUGCCUUUGCUUGCUGUAUUUCAUAUGAUACAAAUGGUUAUUAUAAGUGUCGCUACUUGUACCAGUUCAAUGUUUGUUUAUUUAGAGAAGUAUGCCUUACGAAAUCAAUACAUUGAGGUUAAUAUAACAGAAUGUCAUCAAGAGACAGCAAUAUCGGAAGCGAUUGCCGAUGCAUCACCACCCAUAAAUACGCAACGAAUCGAGUUACUCGUUAAUUUGAUGAGAGAAUUCAUACAAAUGAAAGAAGAAGCUCAAAGGAAACAUUGUCUACCAGCUUGCUGGAAAAGAGUCAUCAGAAGGCUGGAGAACAUCUCGCUUACCACUUAUCUUUUCCUUACCAUCACCAAUGUUGCCAUGUUUAUGUGCCAUGGGCUUUGGUACUGA